AUGGAUGCAGAACCUUAUGCGAGGUGCACGUAUAUGUUUGAAACAAUCAUGUUCGUUGUUGAUAUGAAGCAUACGUUUAAUGAUAUUGUGAGGGAGGUCUCUGUGGGUUUUAAUCAUUUGAAUCUUGGUUCAUUCGACUUGAGGUAUUCUUUCCCUGGAUAUAAAAGCUGUGUGUUAUCAAGUGAUAUGGAUGUUAAACUGAUGUUUAGGUGUAUGUUUGAUUUUAAAUUGAAUUCUGUUGAUAUUUUGGUGAGGGAUUCUAAUGGGAGCACCAUUUUGGUGCCUUAUUGUCGUGGGAGUAGUAGUUCUACUUCUGCAACAACAUCUUUGGAUGAUGUUUCAUGUGCUUCUUCAUGUUUGUCAGUGGGUUCAAGCAAUAGUAUUGAUGCGAGUGAAUACUUGGGGUGUUAUAGGCCAGAGGCUCCAAAGAGUUAUCUCACUCAUGAGUGGCAGGGCUUUAUAAGGCAUGAGGAUCAAAAGUUCGAAGGGGGGGUGUUAGAAUUUAGGGAAAAGUUGACCAAGUAUGCUAUUGAAACUGGUUUUCUUUUCAAGUACACACGGAAUACCUCAAGUCGUGUUAUUGUAGAGUGUGCUAAGAGAUAUUCUGAUGGUUGUCAAUGGUCUAUUCGCGCUUUGAAGAACAAGGUGAAUGGCUUUUUCUACAUAAAGAAGUUGAAUAAUGUUCACACAUGCAAAGGAGUUCUUAGGCAGCAAAAGAGUAAGCUUUUGGGGUCUCAUGUUGUGAAAUCGGAGAUUGCUAAUGAGUUGAAGUCCAAUCCUCAACUCAAGCCUAAAGAGAUUGUGUCUCGUUUCAAGCAUUCUUUUGGUUUAGAUGUGUCUUAUAAGACUGCUUGGUAUGGGAAGGAAUUGGCUAGAAAAGCUGUCCAUGGUCAUGAUGGUGACUCAUAUUCUCAGCUGCUUUGGUAUCGUGAUGCUAUUUUAUCUAGUAAUCCGGGCUCUUAUUGCAUAUUGGAAACUGAUUCUUUAAGUAAUCGUUUCGAACGUUUCUUCAUUUGUUUUUCUGGUUGCAUUGAGGGCUUUAAGUCAUGCAUUCCGCUUCUGUUCGUGGAUGUUGCUCAUUUGAAGAGUAAGUAUAAGGGAUACAUGCUCUGUGCUACUGGAAAGAAUGGAAACCAAGAGUUCUUCCCCUUUGCAUUUGCAGUUGUAGAUUCUGAAAAUCAUGCGAAUUGGGAUUGGUUUUUUGAUCAUCUAUAUAAUAUCUUGUCUCCGCAAGGUAGAAAUGUGACUUUUGUUAUUGAUCGACACAGCGGACUGUUGAAUGCUGUUGCCAGGGUAUUUCCAGAUUCUCCUCAUUCAUACUGCUACUAUCACCUUAAGGAGAAUGUUAGAGGUGUGUACCGAAAGCAAUCAGCUGGAAAUUAUUUUGUUGACAAGAUUGUGGAGGAAUUUAUGAAAGUUGCUUAUUCACCUACAUUAGCAAGCUAUAACUUCAACUUGCACAACUUGAAGAAAGAAGGUGGUCCGCCUAUUGAAGAGUUUCUGCGAUCUUUGCCGUUGGAAAAGUGGUGCAAUGCAUUUUUCAAAGGAAACAGGUAUGGUGAAAUGGCAAAUAGUGUUGCCGAGUCAUUUAACAAUUGGACUAGAGAUUUGCAUGAGCUUCCUAUAUUUGAGAUGUUUGAAAGCUUAAGGGUUAAGGUUAUGGAGAAUAUGUCUGAGAGGAAGGUUGCAUGCAAGAGGUGGACCACUAUUUUGUGUCCUCCAAUGGAGGCUUUGUUGAAGAAAUCAAUGGAUAUUGGGCGGCAUUGGGCUGUUAGUAUGUCUAGUGAGACUGUUUUUGAAGUUCAUUCAGAUAAAUCAGUGGCGGUUGAUCUUGGGAACAACACUUGCUCUUGCCGUCAAUGGCAAAUUAAUUCAUUCCCAUGUUCUCAUGCUCUUGCUGCAAUCCAAAAGGUUGGAGUGGAACCUGUGUAUAGUUACAUUGAGCCGUUUUACACCUGUCAAAGCUACAUGGAUUCCUACGCGCAUGGUAUUCAUCCUAUACCAAAUAUGGAGAAGUUUUAUGAAAAUGCAGCUAGUUCAACUUCUGUUGUUAAGCCUCCAUUAGUUAGGAGGCCAUCCGGCCGGCCAAAAUCUGUUCGAAUGAAGUCUGCAGCAGAAGGAGGCACGAGGAGGCGUAUCAAGUGUGGCCGGUGUGGUGAGUUGGGGCGCCACAACAAGAUAGCGUGUACUGCGCCAAUCUGA